UUAUAUUCCUUUACAUUAGGUGAGGAGAGAAUGACAACAGGGGCAGUUUCACACAUGAGGAAAUUUACUAAGCAGAAUUUCUUUUUUUUACUUGGUGGAAUGAUAAUUUAUGUAGUUGAUAUUGUAGUGGACUUCUGGCUAGCUAGCAGAUACUUCUGUCAAGGACAAUACUCUUGGAGUAUAUUGAUAUUGUGUUUUAGAGGUCUUUCAUCAAUAAUAACUCAGAUAUUCAGUUAUGAGUGGUUUAAAAACGACUGGGAAGGUACUGAUACUGGGAAGCUGAAAUUGGUUUUUCUAGUUCAUCUCUUCCAUUGUGGAAUUUUUAUAAGGUAUUGGUUUGCUUUGAAAUAUGGCUGUCAAGUUGCUUUUAAACAAACAAGUAGCAGAGGUGCAUCAGAAGCAGACCCUUCCAACUUCAUUCAAAAACAAGCUAUUGAUGCAGUGACUGAUAUUAACAUGCUCAGGGUGUUCAAAACUUUUCUUGAGACCACACCACAACUUUUUCUUCAGAUUUACAUCCUCAUGAGACAUGGCAAAACUAAUUUCUAUCAAUAUGCUGCCAUUAUUAUGUCUUUUUGUGGUAUCUCCUUAUCAAUGGUUGAUUAUCAGAUAUCACUACGAAAAUCUCUGCCUGACAAAGAUGAAUUUCACAUGCUUUCCAAGUUCACAUAUGUAUUCUAUAAAUUGCUUACCAUCACUUCUUGGAUACUCAGUAUUUCGUUGAUCACUCUACUAAGUGUCAGAAUUUCUGUAAUUCUACUGAUACUUCUUUGGAUCUGUGGCUUCACUUGGACUUUGAAACAGCAUACAACAUUUUGCAAGUCUAAGAAGAUGGAAUAUCUGUACAGAACUGUAGUUGGAAUCAUUCUGUUUUUUUCAUUUUUUAACAUAAAGGGGAGAAGAACAAAAGUUUGCAUUUCUAUUUAUUAUGCUACUCACACUGUAGUGACUCUAGGUAUUUUGUUUGUAUAUAUGUUCUGGAAACCUUCCAUUUUCAAGGAAAUAUGUUUUAUAAUUGUAAGCAUCUUAACUAUUUCGAGUCUGGUGUUAGGUAUUAUUUUUCUUGUUAUUUAUUACAGCCAUUUUCAUCCCACUACUUAUUGCACACCUCAGGCAUGUUCAGAUGAAGUUGAUGGAGUGGCAGGGCAAAAAGAUAGAAUGAAAGCUGGCAGAUUUCUGAAUUUCUUAAUGCAAUGA